GCCGCUCUACAGUCCAUCAUUAUUGCACUAUUCCGCUGUCACGUGUGAAUGGAAACAUAAUCCGAGAGGCGUAGAAGUUUGACUCCGAGUCGUGGACAUGGACGUGCAUGUGGCGGCGCCGAGGCGGCUGAGUGCGUGGGUCGGAAUUGGUGCUUUCCUGCUCUGCGUGCCGUGCGUCUUGUGCUUCUCAGUGGCAGGGCAGGACGGCACGUGUGAGGCGAACGGCUCAGUGUACUAUGUGGGUGAGUGGUACUUCCUGGACUCGGAGCACUGCACGCAGUGUGAGUGUACGGUCGACGGAGCGGUGUGCGCGCGGACAGAGUGCACCGCGCUGCCCGCCGCCUGCAUCCACGUGAGCCACUACCCGAGCGACUGCUGCCCGCGCUGCGAGAGGAUCGGCUGUGAACACCGUGGAGAGGUGUACGAGCUCGGCCAACACUUCCAGCCAUCGGAAUGUGAGCAGUGCACCUGUGACAACGACGGCAUUGCCAGGUGCCUAGUAGCGGACUGUGCCCCCCCUGCAUGUGUGAACCCAGUCUUUCAAACAGGGAAGUGCUGUCCAGACUGCAAAGAUGGGCCCAAUUGCUACGUGGACGACUCUCGGACGCAGAUAAUCCCCGGAGGCGAGGCAGUGUGGGUGGAUUCCUGCACCAAAUGCCGAUGCCACGACAGCCAUGAUGCCGGCUAUUGGGAGGGCAACCGAGUGGCCACAUGUACCCGCCUCCGCAACUGCACAGUCAGCGAGGGGAAAAACUAAACCUCACGUCCUCCGGUAGCAGAACGUGACACUCGGCAGGGCCUGCACAGCAAGCUGAAGACGGCUUGUGCUCGCGUAGCUGAUUGUAGCCUUAGUGAUUACAAACAGUAGUCUUGUAUAAUGUGCCCAACAUUGACGUUAAAAUGUUAAAUGACACGGCUGAACGUUGCUUUGGCCUUGUAUGGGAUGUUCCCAAAUUAAGCCCUAGUAUGUAGGCUGCAGUAAAGUUAAAAAAAAACGUAUUAUCAGCUAUUCAAAACCAAUAGCAAUGACUUUGUUGCACAGUAUUUGAAUUAGUUUCUGAUUAUAUUAAACAACUUUUCCGAACCUACUGUAGGUGUUAGACAUUGUUGUUAGACAACUGUGAGAUGUAAGAACUCCGAACUCCAUAAAUGUGAUAAAUGUGACAUCAGUUUUUCUUCAA